AUGAAGAUAUUUCCGUUGUAUGUUUUUCCUCUUUGUUCUCUUUCUUUUCUACGUCGUAUUCGACAUAUUCGUUUUUCCUGUUUAGGCGAUAGAAAGGUACGACCGCAUAUUACACUAGCAGUUAAUGAAUGUUUCUCUUUUUUACCUUUUUUAUCCGUUCGUUUCUUUGUUAUAGAAUUGGCUGGCUUUUUCAUCAAUUGAGACGCCCUUUUUCUCGGAGCACAACUCAAUAUAUUUUGCCAACUCUCAGCCUCCUCAAGAACAAUAACGCAUUCUGCAGGGUCAGCAUAUAAUCUCUUGUUUGAUAUUAAUACGUUGUACUUGUAUUGUUUUCGUUAACUCCUCUUUGCAUCGAAGUUUCAAAUCUGUUGUUCUGGCUCAUUAGGAUAUUUCCUUUGUUAAAGUGUACAAGAAUGCUCCAAGUGUUUUUGUAUCAGCGAAUCACACUUCAAGUGGGGGAGGCGUGGAUCCAAUGCACAACUCCAUAACAGCUUGGGUUGAGGUGGGUGUGGUAUUGUAGACAAACGUAAAUAUAUAGGCAAACAUUACUUCCGUUAACAUCACGAAGAUAUGGUAAUAUAUUUUGUACCCUUUACACUAGCAUUUGUAAUAUGUUUGAUAAUAACCUUAAGUUUACUUUCCUUAAGUACAUCAACACAACAGGGCUCGAGUGUGUUUAAAGGAAUUGUACGACUCAAAAUAUGAUCCUCUUUCCGUAUCAUAUAAUGUCAUGACAGGUAAGGGCGCGUUUUAAUUCUACAGGUUUUACCUACUAAAAACUAAAUCGAGGUUAAAAAGGAAAACUAAAAUACACCGUAGGAAGAGCCUUUUCAAGCCAUUUUAACAGGAGGUUAAAUCCGCCAUGUUGGUGUCCCACAGCAGCCCGCUGGGAGUUAAAUUCUUGUCUUAUAUAAACGCUUUCUCUUUAAAAUUAAAAAAAAAAAAAUAGCUUGUUAAAGCACGUGAUUUGAAACACUCUAUUAAACUAUUUCAGCCUGUUGCUUUAUUAAGUAUUACGAAUUGUCAUACGCUUAAAAUGUUGUAGGACAGUGUCAACUUUGUAGUUAAAGGCAAAGAGAGAACAGAGUAAUAAUAGGGUCUUUUUAAAAUGCAUUUUUUUCUGAGUUGAAAUAUGUCACAAAUGUCACAUAUUUUCGUGCUUUUUUGAAGUCGUCAUAGUUAAUCUCCGAGAACGUUGACAUGUAUGUGGUGUUUGCUUGUUUCGAAUGAAAGGCGUUAGAUAAAAGCAGCGACUUUUUUCAUGACGUAAAAAGGUUACCAUAAAAAAUGAUUCAGCCCAAGUCUCGGUCAAUGAUCACUGAACCCAUUCCCGGCUCCGUCACUCAACUGACUGAUUAGUAAUAAGGGACUGGCUAUCAACAAAGUACGUCUGUAUUCUAAUUUCAUCUGUUUUUAGCUAAUAUAAGGCACGUCCUUGUCUAGCUUGCUCUUGACACGCAAGUACGUCAUUUUCAUAAACUCAACCGAUAUAAGUACUGCUUUUUAUUUUUUAUAUAAACGCGUUUAUGCCGACUGGAGGUAUAAAGCACAAGUGGGAUCUAUGGUACUCUUUUGCCAAAAGAAGGCCGGCCUUUUCACGAGGAAACUAGCUGCCUUCGUCCAAAGCAACUAUACAGAAUUGCGAUCUUAAUUUUUGCUAUCCCACUCUCAUUUUAUAUUUUGUAUCACAUGCAGAUAUUUGCCUGACAGAAUGGAGUUAUUUUGAUGGCUACUGUUACUUAACAAGUCGGGCAUGCGCCACGUGGCUCACGGCUCAAUCAAACUGCUCUACAAUGAGUUCCAAUUUAUUAACGGUUUACAGCCAAGAGGAGAAUCUUUACAUUCAACACCGUCACAACGGAGAAAGAUCCUGGAUCGGACUCAAUGACCGAAGUGUGGAGGGUUCCUUUGCGUGGGCAAGCAAAGAUACAAGUGAUUUUGAACUCUGGGCACCGAAUCAACCGAACGACUGGAAGAACGAAGACUGUGUUCACACUCUUGGUGCUCUUCAUCGUUACGAAUGGAAUGAUGUAUCGUGUGAUAAAUGCUUCAACUACACUUGUUUUAAAGGUAGUUUGAUAAUAUACUGUGAUAUCAAGUUUUAAUUUUAUCUUAGUUAGAGGCUACCCGCAAAUAGUAGGGCUAUUCUAGGUGGGCAGAACAAAACUUACUAGGUUAUUUUAUUCUUUUGAAUUGAUGAGUGCCUCAUCGUAAUCGUCCUCAGUUUGCAUGAGAUAACAUAAAGUUAACAAACAUUUUUAAAAGGCUUUUUUGGAUAUUGGCGUAUUUCAUAACUUGCCUCCAAUGAUGGAUGAUGGAACCCUUCCCCAGAAAAACUAUUUUGCCUUUGAUAUCAUCAAAAAGAUGAGGUAUAUUUUAUGUGUGGUGGCGCUGCUGGAGGCCUGUGACGUCACCAACAAAGAUUGCCAUCUUGGCCACCAUCUUGGAUUUUACCAAGAAUUAGAAAUCAAGUUAAAACGGUAAUUUUUUGAGCUUGACGUGUAAAAUAACACACAAAUAGGCACUUUGUAUCAUUUCAGCCACGAGUUCUACAUUUAUUGUUGUAAAAAGUUGAAAAAGCAUGCAUUUUCACUCAAAAAUGGCUUGACCACCUGCUACUUAUGACGGAGUGUAGCUAAAUUUCGUGGGUCGUGGAUAGUGGGUAGAGGUCGUGGGUCGUGGGUCGUGGGUCGUGGGUGUGGGUAAAUGUCGUGGGUAAAAAAAAAAGUUUUCCAAAAAAAAAAAAUUAACAAUUAAAAGGCAAAAAGUUGUAAAAUUCAUGAAACGAAAAUCUCAGAGGACAUGCCAGUCCUAUUCCCUUUCCCCGCGGUCAGCAAAGCAAAUAAGCGAAUCAUUUAGUACAAACAGACACAAAAAUAAAAGAAACUCUGUACACUAUGUAAGCCUAUAGCAGGCUUUAGAAAACUGGACACUGAACUGCUUUUUCUCAAAAAAGUCAACAUUCGUGACUGAAACGUCCUUUCAGUUAAAGGAGUGAUAUUUAGAAUCGUUACAGCAAAGAUUUUGUACGCAAAACAAAAAAAGAAUCGAGAAAAUUAUAUUUACGUAAGGCAAUAAAAUUUACAUACAGUCUCGCCUUAACUUGAAAGGUUGGGAAUGAAGGUGGUUCCUUCAUAAGGUAAAAGACCUAAAACUUCUUUAAGAAAGACUUCUAUCCAAAAAUAUGAAAUACCUCAAAAUUGAUUUUUUUUCCCUCCCCUUUCCCAUGGUGAUCGCAUUCCAUCGUGUUAAGAAAUCAGUCUGCAGUGAUCAUUGGAAUUGUAGAUCGAAUAAAGAUUAAUAGUGAGCAGCCACUUCCAUUCAGCGAGUCAGAGCCGUGUCGAUCCUAUACUUUCUGCAAAUUGUACGUAUAACUUACGUCUGUUUCGUUUAUUUUGUGGUGAUAUCUUAGGUAUGUAUAAAUCUUCAUCGGCAAGAUGUAAUGUCUUUUAUACAGUGACGGUGUGAAAGGGGAGCCAAGUCCCACGUGGCUAACGAAUAUCGGGGCGAGGACGAAGAAGCCGUGACGAGAAGGGCAAUCAAGGAGUUGAAGAUUUUCGUUUCAUAAAUAUUCUACUAUUUUUUCUAGUUAUUACUAUUAUUUUUUUAUCAUUUUUUUCUAUAACUUUUUUACCCGGGACAUUUAAUUACCCACACCCACGACCCACGACCUCUACCCACUACCCACGACCCACGACAUUUAGCUACACUCCUUAUGACGUCAUAUCUCUUUACUAUAGCAACUGACCUUCACUAAACUUGUCUCAAAAUGCUCGCGAGGGAUAAAAAAAUGCACCUCAUGUGAGUGUCAAUGUAUUUAGCACGAAAGCACUAAUUGGGGACACUAUUCUUACGUUUCCUACUGGAGACGGGACCGCCAUUUUACGUGGUCAUCCGAGCCACUCGAAGGUCUAGCCGUUUGCAGGGCAAGGGCAGUACCUUCAUUUCUCAGUCAUUUUUUGUCCGGUCCCGGGAAUCGAACCUGCGACCUCCCGCUCUGCAGUCAAGCGCUCUACCGAAUGAGCUAAUCCUGCCGCGGUAAAGAGUGUAGCUAAAUGUCGUGGGUCGUGGGUAGUGGGUAGAGGUCGUGGGUCGUGGGUGUGGGUGUGGGUAAUUAAAUGUCCCGGGUAAAAAAGUUAUAGAAAAAAUAAUAAAAAAAUAAUAAUAAUAACUAGAAAAAAUAGUAGAAUAUUUAUGAAACGAAAAUCUUCAACUCCUUGAUUGCCCUUCUCGUCACGGCUUCUUCGUCCUCGCCCCGAUAUUUCGUUAGCCACGUGGGACUUGGCUCCCCUUUCACACCGUCACUGUAUAAAAGACAUUACAUCUUGCCGAUGAAGAUUUAUACAUACCUAAGAUAUCACCACAAAAUAAACGAAACAGACGUAAGUUAUACGUACAAUUUGCAGAAAGUAUAGGAUCGACAGCGCUGACUCGCUGAAUGGAAGUGGCUGCUCACUAUUAAUCUUUAUUCGAUCUACAAUUCCAAUGAUCACUGCAGACUGAUUUCCUAACACGAUGGAAUGCGAUCACCAUGGGAAAGGGGAGGGAAAAAAAUCAAUUUUGAGGUAUUUCAUAUUUUUGGAUAGAAGUCUUUCUUAAAGAAGUUUUAGGUCUUUUACCUCAUGAAGGAACCACCUUCAUUCCCAACCUUUCAAGUUAAGGCGAGACUGUAUGUAAAUUUUAUUGCCUUACGUAAAUAUAAUUUUCUCGAUUCUUUUUUUUGUUUUGCGUACAAAAUCUUUGCUGUAACGAUUCUAAAUAUCACUCCUUUAACUGAAAGGCGUUUCUGUCACGCAUGUUGACGUUUUUUAGAAAAAGCAGUUCAGUGUCCAGUUUUCUAAAGCCUGCUAUAGGCUUACAUAGUGUACAGAGUUUCUUUUAUUUUUGUGUCUGUUUGUACUAAAUGAUUCGCUUAUUUGCUUUGCUGACCGCGGGGAAAGGGAAUAGGACUGGCAUGUCCUCUGAGAUUUUCGUUUCAUGAAUUUUACAACCUUUUGCCUUUUAAUUUUUUAAUUUUUUUUUUGGAAAACUUUUUUUUACCCACGACAUUUACCCACACCCACGACCCACGAGCCACGACCCACGACCCACGACCCACGACCCACGACUCACGACCUCUACCCACUACCCACGACCCACGAAAUUUAGCUACACUCCCUAAAAACGCCUGCGUGGGAGACUAUUCUAUUUGCGGAGCCUGAGAAAACAUGGGCUCGAUCUGAUUUGAGGGGGCCCGGGGAUACAAUUUUUCCACCCUUUUUCGUCUGUUCAGCUGAUUUAGAUAUACACUGCAGCGGGUCGUUCUGUCACGACGUCAAAUUUCAUAGUUUUAUUUUUAUGCACAAGACUUAAAACCGUGUGGUUUGUGUAAAUGGUAGGCACUCUCUAGGAGGCCAAAACGCGCGUGAUUAAUAAAUUCAUUCUUUCUCAGUGCAAGUCUGAACGAAUUUUGACAACAUACGUGCUGCGCACGUGUACUAGUUACGGUCUGCAGAGUUGGAAGUAAGUGGUCUUCUCUGCUCGCCCGCAAUAAUGCAACGCCCGUUCUUAAUUAUUUGUAAUCACCUCAGUUACAUAAAGCGGGAACAAAUUCCAAAAUUUAAAGUGACGCUACCUUUGUAAAGAUAUGUGUUUAUAACACGGAGUACUUUGCUUUUUUCAGACUUGGACGAAUGUGCUACUAAUGCCUAUACUUGUGGUGUCAAUGCUGAAUGCCGGAAUACCGUGGGUUCAUACAUAGGUGUAUGCAAAGUCGGAUACACUGGAGAU